AUGGCUUUGGUAAACAUUACAACGGUGGGAUGUAAUCAAACAAGAAGCACUCUAGGAUGUAAUUUCACAUAUCAAAAAGAAAAGAAUAAUUCGACAAACAUCGACUGGACGAAGAUCGGGCUAUUUUUUGAGCGACUGGAGAUAUCAAUGAAAAUUUUAUUGACUUUUAUCAUUAUUUCAACUAUUCUGGGAAAUACUAUGGUUUUGAUUGCGACCUGGAAAGAAAGAAGUCUUCAUCAACCAAAUAAAUAUUUCAUCGCUUGUUUGGCUGUCGCUGAUCUUUUGGUUGGUUUAGUGUUAGCACCACUGAAGGUGUAUCAAAUGCGUCAUGAUAACGUAUCGCGAUCAAAAAUGUCGAUUCACCUUUGUCGUUUCAUGGUGUGGAUAGAUACCUUCGCCUUAACGACAUCCAUUUAUACACUGACAUUCAUCAGUUUCGACCGAUAUCUUAAAAUCAGCAAACCGCUGCAGUAUAAAUCCUUGAUGACAAGUUCCAUUGCGACGAAAGUAAUUUUCAUCAUUAUUUUCAUUUCAACUGCCUUUGCCACUUACUCCGCAACACCUCAAUCGGGUAGCAGCGGAAUUCUGAUCACAGGAAACGGGCCGUGUCUUCAAGCCGAUCCUAGAGAAUACUACCUCCUUUUGUUCAUAAGUGUGUUUCUUCUACCUAUCCUCGUUAUAUCAAUUAUGUAUGCUUUGAUUUUUCUUGUGGCACACAGGCGACAAAAAAGGUGGCAAAAUGGCGAACUGGGCCAAACCUCGACUAACCUUAACGAGCAAACUGCCACUCUUCGACAAGAUAUGAAAGUGAUUCGAAUGUUGGUGAUCAUUAUGGGAGUAUUUAUACUUUGCUGGAGUCCUUGGUUUGUUUUGAUCUCCUACUUGUUGUUUGGUGAUCUUUUGAAUUUAAAUAAAUGGUACAAGAAUAUGAGCGACAUCUACUGGGGCAACAUAAUUUAUCAAGCAGCAAAUACGCUCCCGCUAUUCAACAGUCUCUGCAAUCCAAUCAUUUAUGCUUGGCUAGACCAAAAGUACAGGGAAGCCUUCAAACAUCUGUUUCGUCAAACCGUUAGUUGGUUUAGAUCGAGAAUCAGGUGA